AGAAGAAGAAAAACAGAAAUGGAGGAGGGAGAAGUGUCAGGUGCAGAGAAUGGAGGUAAUAAACGGAAUGUCGUUAAAAAUCGAAAAAGAAAGUCAAACCGGGGUCAGAAUUCGGAUUCUGAUAGUGAAAAGGGAAGACAUCAAUUAAAGAGAAGAAAGGAAUGCAAGAUUCCUGAGUUAUCAAACUUGAGGGACCGCGAGAGGGUGGAGCAGAUAUUAACAUCCAUGAGAAAUGCUGGACCUAACACACUUCAGGUAAUCUCAGAUUUUGAUAUGACUCUCACAAGGUUCUCCUUCAAUGGCAAACGCUGUCCUACAUCGUAUAAUAUUCUGGAACAUAGCAAACUGAUCAGUGAAGACUGCAAAGCCAAGCUGAAGAAUCUUCUGGACACUUUCUACCCUAUAGAGAUCGAUUCCAAACGCUCAGUAGAAGAGAAGUUACCACUCAUGGUUGAAUGGUGGACUAAAGCUCAUGAGCUUCUUGUGCAGCAGAAGAUCAUUAAGGAUGACUUGGCUCUAGUUGUGAGAGAGUCUGAAGCCAUGCUGAGGGAAGGAUACCAGCAGUUCUUUGAUCAUCUCCAUCAGUUGUCCGUUCCUCUGCUGAUCUUUUCUGCUGGAGUUGGGGAUGUGUUAGAGGAAGUGAUCAGACAAGCUGGUGUGUUCCAUCCUAAUGUUAAGGUCUUCUCCAAUUACAUGGACUUUGACGAGUCUGGUGUUUUGCGGGCAUUUAAAGGAGAGCUUAUUCAUAUCUACAACAAACGGGAAGGAGCUAUGCUCAAUACUGAACACUUCAAGGAACUGCAGAGCCGCUGUAAUGUCCUCCUGCUCGGAGACUCUCUUGGGGAUCUCAACAUGGCUGAUGGAGUCAUGGACUUAGAAAACAUCCUGAAGAUUGGAUACCUCAAUGAUAAGGUGGAUGAGAGGAGAGAGUCAUACUUAAACUCCUAUGAUAUCGUUUUGGAGAAAGAUGAAACCAUGGAUGUUCCUAAUGCCAUCUUACGAUACAUUACAGGACACUGAACUUAGACCUAGGGUCUCCAAGAUAAGGAACGCGUUUGCCUCUACCCUAAAAACAUUUAAUGACAUUAUGUCAUAAUUUUG